AUGAAGCCAUGGCAAGAGUUUUGCCCAGAGGAGCGGUGCAAGCUGCUCGAGGCGGCGCCUGGACAGCUCCAAGGCAUGGGCCUUACCGCUAUCACCGUUGUCUCCGUGAAGUCUGAAAGCCUGGCGCUCGCAAAGCACGAGUGUGCCGAGCUUCCAGGAGACAGCGAAGGAUGUGACGACAGCAUCUUCUUAAUGGGCUUCGCCUCAGACGCGCAGUCGGAGGUAUUGAACGAGUUCCACAGCGGUCUGGGCAUAAGCGACCUCGAGGUGGCUGUCAACAAAGCCUCUGGACCGACGCCGCCAGGCUGCGCCGUUUGCGAGGCAUGUCUCACUUGUUGGAGCCGAUGUGCAGCGUCUCCGGCCGAUGUGGUGCCACGCAGCGACGUCGGUCAGCUGAGGGCGUUGUUGGAAUCCGUGGUGGCCAGGGCUGGCGGCCCUGCACUCCUCAGGCUGUCAGAGCAUGAUGAGAUCUGGGUGACAUCCACCGGUACAACGGCGAAAAGGGCAGCGCAGAUUGAAGGCUUUGCACCGGUCGUUUGCCGCAGUGCGCUAGGCCGAUAUGCGGUGCUCGCCGAGGCGGUCUGCUGGUACGAAGGCUCCUGGCCGGGGCAGAUCCUCAAGGCACGCUGCCUCGCCGGCCCAGCAAGAGGCUGGUCGAGACCGGAGGUCCCUCUCCGGUUGGCGCCAUCGGGAAAGCUUGGAGACUGGCUGGAAGGACAGGAGUCAGCUGUAGGGAGCGCACUCGAUCCGCAAUGUGUGCUUCGUUUGGCGGCCACGAGUUCGAACGGUACAGAGGAAGCAUGGUCGUUUCCGUCAGAAACAAAUGAAGCUUUCAUCGGUGGGAAGACCUGUGACAUCUUCUACUUUUCAGAGAUCCUCUCGGCGGAGGACUGCGAAAAGCUGGUCGCCAUGGCGCUUUGCUUCCAGCAGCCUACUGCAAAACGACAGCCAGCCACAGCUGUUCCGCUCCCUACCCACUGCCGCGUGCCCGGGGCCGUGGAGACGCGAUUGCGAUCUGUGAUGGCCAGGUGCACAGGAGAAGUGGCAAUAGAUGGUCUCGUGUUCGACAUGACUGAAACAGCAGAGGUAGAAGCUGCGCUCGUUUGGGAAGAGGCAGAGUCUCGGGGACUUCGCAGCAGUCGAGGGGCUGGCGUCGAGGUUGCAGUCCGGCUCACUGCGUGGCUUUCUCCCACAACUGGCGGCGAGAUUAUUUUUCCUGAAGCCGAAGCUCAGUUCCGCACGGACCAGGAUCUUAUGGAGAACGAAGCUUCGGAGCGAAUGCUGCAGCCGCGGCCAGGCAGCGUGGUCGUCGUGACCCGGCAUGAAGAGAGUUGGUAG